CGCGCACCGUCGCGUGACCGCGCACGUCGGGUUUGGAAACUUUUAGCGGGAACGAGCACGUGCGCGCACACGUAUUCUUUGUGUGGCAAGCGUAGAGAAGCGCCAAAAGAGUGACCAUGGCUGAUGAAAAACCUAAGGAGGCAGUAAAGACUGAAUGUAGUGAACACAUCAACCUGAAGGUAGCAGGCCAGGAUGGAUCUGUUGUGCAAUUCAAGAUUAAAAGACACACAACACUCGUCAAACUCAUGAGGGCCUACUGCGAGAGACAGGGAUUGUCCAUGAGGCAAAUCCGGUUCAGAUUUGAUGGACAGCCAAUAAAUGAAUCAGACACACCAUCGCAGCUGGAAAUGGAAGACGAAGACACAAUUGAUGUCUUCCAACAGCAGACGGGAGGAGUGAUUUAAUCAUGCAGCCCCACAUGUCACCUUUUCCUCUUUUAUCAACAGAAUCGGCUAGCCUUGGUACAAACAGCAGAUGACGAUUUACAUCUUGCCCCUGUUGGGGUUUAAAUGACUCUGCUGUACAGUAUUUUCAAAUCGUGGCCUUGUCACGUCUGUUUCUGUACAUAAAAAACCAACCCAGAUUGCUCUCUGUUUCGGUUUUUCUUGGUUCUUUUUGUGUUCUGCUUAAAUUGGACUGGCUCUCAAAUGUUACUUAUUGUGAGUUUUCAGACAGCAGCUGGCUGAAUUAAAAGCUUUCCUAGUGUUAUACAAAUUAAGUCUAAAAAGUGUGUUAUUACAAGCUGGCUGUCAUGUUCACGUUGCCCAAAGAAUGCGGUCACAGGGGGCCAAACCACCUUCAAAAUUGAUCUGUGUGAUAACAUCACAGUGUGUGCUGCACUGUAGUGUUGUCCACUUGUGAUCAGACCACAUGGAACACGCCAAUAAGGUUCAGGCUUCAAAUCAAUUGAACACUGUUGAAAUGGCCUUGAAAUCAUUUGCAGAAUAAAUAGAUAUUAUGCAUUGUAAUGGCUUUGAUUCAUCCAUUUGGCAGAUCAAGGAUCAUAUUUUGGGAAGGAUGAGAAUAUGUUGCCAUCACAUAGUCUGUAUUGUACCUGUUGAAAUAAAUCUAUUGUUCUUUUUCCUAAAUUAA